CUCUGCUUGUAAGAUGCCGACGAUCAUGGAAAGAGAAUCGGAAAAGGAAGGUGCAGUUAUGGUAAUCGGAAGAGCUGAGAUCGACACGCGUCCUCCCUUCAAGUCUGUCAAAGAAGCAGUUAUGCUCUUUGGAGAAACUAUUCUCGCCGGUGGAAUCUAUGCCAAACACAUCCAAGAGAUGCAAGCAAACAGAGGAAAUGAGAAUGGAGAACACAAAUCCAAGUUAGGUGCCAUGGCAUGGGAGCUUCAAGAAACUAAGCAGAGUCUCCAGAAAGCUAAGGAAGAAGGGGACAUGAUGGCAGAUUGUCUCAAAUCCAUUGAGCAUGAACUCGAGCAGGCGAGGAAUGAGCUUCAGAGACUGAAAUCUUCUCGAGAUUUGACCGAUCCUGCCAUUGAUUUGGAAACUGAGGAACUCAAGUUCAUAGAAAAUCAAGUCCUGAAAAGGGAUGAUCAAGAAGAAGGCUUUAUUGGGCUUGAGAAGAAAAGGUCUGUCAAGUUUGCCAACCCCCCAUUACUAACCAAGGUCAUCACCACAAGCACAGUAACAGAAGAGACAGAGAAGGCGACAAAGAAGAAUACGAUGAAGAAGAAGAAGCCAUUAAUCCCUCUUCUGGGAGCAUUGUUUACGAAAAAGAAGGCAAAAUAA